AUGGAUCUAGCUAAGCUCAUCAGUUCGAUCCAUGAGGCCGCAGAUCACCUUUCCGGCCCGACAGAGGUUGAUACUCAGCAGCGAUUAGAGUUGUUUCAGGCCUGCGAAAAGCUUUCUGCGAUUAUCGAGCAGCCGCGAUCAAAAUUAGAGAAAGCCACUCAUGCAAUGACCCCAGUGGUAGCAGUGCGUGUCGCUAUUGACAUGGGAAUUUUUGAUUUUGUUCAAAAUUCACCAAAAGACGAGUUCGGAGCCCACGAAAUUACAUCGCACGCCGGUGGAGAUCCAGUGCUUGUGGCCCGCCUUUUGCGAUUUUUGACAGCCAUUGGGAUUUUCAAUGUCACUUCAGGAGGCACAUACAAGGCUGACUCCGUGGUGCAGGAGCUUGCAAAAGGGGGCGAUUUGGAAAGUCGAAUCCUGAUGAACUUUGAUAUCCACGCCCAAAUAUAUGCAAAACUUCCCCAAUACUUGAAAGAGACGCAAUAUGCAUCUCCCUCAAACGCCCACGCCGGGCCAUUCCAAUACGCCUUGGGCACAGAUGAGCAUUACUUCGACUGGAUGAAGUCACAUCCGAUCCAGCUCAAUGCCUUCAACCGUACAAUGCAAGCUGGCGUCGUGCGCGAUAAUACUGCCCGAUGGACGGCAAUAUUUCCCGUGGAGCAAGAGUUCCAGAGAUUCCAGAUGCAAAACACCCCUGUUGACAAAGGUUUCCAAUUCGUUGAUAUUGGUGGAGGUAUCGGCCACGAGAUCAAAGUUUUGCUGGAUACCAUGCCAUCUCUUCGGGGGCAUUUUACCCUUCAAGAUUUGCCCGGUGUUGUCGAAAGCAUGCUACCAGAACUCAAGACGACCGAUAUAACGCGGAAAGUGCAGGAUAUGCCAUAUAGCUUUUUCGAGCCACAGCCCGUGAAAGGUGCGCACGUCUACUUCUUGGGUCGUGUUCUGCACGAUUGGCCAGAUGUCCAGGCGCGGAGCAUCCUAGGGCAUAUUCGAGAAGCGAUGAAUGGUGACUCGAUGCUUCUUAUUCACGAGCGUGUGCUGCCAGAUAUUCCGACGAGGGUUCACCUGUCGGAUGCUAUCAUGGAUCUCAAUAUGAUGAUCUUGUGUUCGUCGCUUGAGCGGACGAAGAUGCAGUUUGAUACUCUGCUCAAGUCUGUGGGACUGAGAUUGGCUAAGACAUGGCGGCCAAAGAAUGCUGGUCUUCAACAACAAGCUGUGCUUGAGGUUGUGCGUGAAGGGUUUCCUUGA